AUGGCUCGUCAUAUCAAAACUCAUCUGGAUAUUCUCGUCGAGGUCGCUGAAACGAUCCUCAACGUGGACGAACGCGCUCGUGUUUUGCGUUGUGCUAAGUUUUGCGUACUUUUUGAAGAACUCGAAACGUUCUUGAGAGAGUGUUCAUCGAAACUGUUGAAUUGUGACAUCACUAAAGAGUGGAUCCGAGGUUUCACCUUCUCGGACGACGAAUACUCCGGGGACGAAGAUGACGUCGCUUUCGAUAGUGACGUAGACGAAGUCAUUGGCGACGAUGACAGCGUAGACGUCGUUAUGGAAGGCGACGCUACCGAAACCGACCACGGCGGCAAAAUCCGAAUUCCAAAUUUGAAUGACGAGCAAAUGUUAUUCGCCGCCGACAUUAUAGAUUCCGUAAAGAGGAAUCAAAAUCGGGCCUUUGUAUUGAUGGCAUCAGGAGGAACGGUUUUCACGGGGAUUGCGGCCACUUUACUAAAAAACGGGGCGACUGCACAAACCACGUUUGGGUUGCCACUGCGAAAGCAAAAAGAUCCAGAGUCUUCUGCAUUAACUUCGAGCUUAUCUGCUCAAUCUGAGGAGGCGGCGAAAAUCGGAGCCGCCAAGCUCGUCGUCAUCGACGAGGUUUUCAUGCUUUCAAAAUGGAUGCUAGAUUUGUUGGAGAAUGUUUGUAGGUUGUUUAGUCCGGAUCCUAAUUCUACUCGUCGUUUUGGGGGCAAAACUGUAAUCCUUAGUGGAGAUCCUAAGCAGUUGUUGCCUGUCGUCAGUGUGUCAUCUGGUCGUGUGGCUUCCGUCAUGGAAUCAAUUGUAGCUUCAAGUGUGUGGACGAAUUUGCAAAAGGCGACGUUCCGCAGAAAUAUGCGCUUGGGCGACGGGGAAGUAGCUUGGUCCAAGUGGGUUGGAAAAUUGGGGGCGGAAAUAUUAGUAGACAUAGCAGAAGAACUGACUGAUUUUGCUUUCGGAAAUGUUUUUAAAGCCAUCGAAGCAGCUUCCGGCGAGGACGAAAAGAUUCAGUCGUUAGCCGUCAGCCUUGCCAAUCGGGCGAUCUUGUGUCCUAUAAAUGCCUCAAUACUGUUUUUUGCCAUGGCAUCAAAUCGACCACUUUCAAACUUGCAGUUGCAGGAAAUCCUAGAAAGUGAUGAGUUUUUUGAAGACCUUCUGGUAUUUGAUGAUUCAAAUGAGGAAAAUAUUAUACCCGAUUUAAUAAAAAAUCCUGAUGAAACUAGUAUUGAUGGAACCAUUGCGAGUAGGGCCAAUAUUUCACCAACCCUUGUUACUACUGCUACCGACGCAAUCCUAAUUCAUAAUAACGACAUCGAAGAACCUGAAGAAAGUUGCAAUCGCCCAGAUGACGAAAAAAAUUCACCGGAGCUGAUAGAAAAUAACCAUAUUGCUUUAAAUGAGUUAACUGAACUUGAUACAAACAACGACAAUAAUGAAAUUGAGGUAGAAACAGUGGAAAAUCAAAAUUCAGCCAACACUGUUCAACAAGAAGCUGACAACACUAACAGCGAAGUAGAAACUAUGGAUGAUGAAAAUUUAGCAAACAAUGAAUUAGAAGCUGAGCCUAUGGAAAUUGAGGCAGAAACACAAAGAUACAAAGAAGAAAAGGAUACAAGAAAAAGAAAUAAGAAGUUAAGAGAAAAAGGCUGUAAAUAUAAAACUUUGAGAAAAAAUAAAAUUACCGGAAAAUACUCCUAUGAAAAUGAAAAUGAAGAGAGAAAACUGAGACCAACAUGUCAAUCUGUUUUAUGCAAAAAGGCAAAAAAUAGGUUUUGCAACACCUUCACCCCCCUUGAUAGAAAAAAUAUUUUUUCAAAUUUUUGGGAAAUGUCAUGGGACAUGCGGAAAGUGUAUGUUUCAUCAUUAGUCAAGACAACAACUACUCGACGUCCCAAAGAAGAUAAUUCCAGUCGCUUACUGACAUUUGAGUAUUAUCUAAAAAAGGAUACUGAAAAUCUCAGAAUUUGCAAAAAGAUGUUUUUAAACACUUUAGAUUUGAAGGAGUGGAUGGUGAGAAAUUGGUUAAACCAAGCAGCUAAUAAUAAGAUAAAGGACAGCAAUGAUAUAGCUAUGCCCAGUAGAUCAAGAUUACCUGUAGAACUGAAAAAAGGAUUAGAAGUGUUACAAACCUUUUUGGAUAAACUUCCUAAAUUAGAAUCACACUAUUGCAGACCAUCAACCCAAAGACUGUACUUGGAACCAUUGUUUCAGACAAAGACUGAUGUAUACCGUCUAUACAAAGAUUAUUGUGAUGAUAAUAAUGCCAUAGCUCUAAGUUUAAUUCAUUUAAAAAAAAAAAUGAAUAUCAAAAAUAUAUUUGUCCACAAACCUAAGAAAGACCAAUGCGAUGUAUGCAUUGGCUAUAAGACUAAGAACGUAUCGCAGGAAAAUUAUGAGACCCACAUUAAAAGAAAAGAUGAAGCCAGAAAGGAGAAAGAAGCAGACAAAAAAAUGACAAUGGAAAUGGAAAAUAAAGAGAUUGCAGUCAUAACUAUGGACCUCCAGUCUGUGAAGCUGGCCCCUGUACUGCAAGCUUCUGCUAUUUAUUACAAUACCAAAUUAUGCGUUCAUAAUUUUACGACUUUUAACUUAGUAGACAAAGAAGUCUCCUGUUACUUAUGGCAUGAAGCUGAAGGUGGUCUUGAAGCUAACAUUUUUGCAACCCUUAUCGUGAAACAUCUUUCUAGCUUUUUGGAAAAAAAUCCGCAUACAAAAACCAUUAUUCUCUUUAGCGAUGGUUGCGGUUACCAGAACCGUAAUUGCAUUUUAAGUAAUGCAUUAUACCAUUUUGUCAACGAAACGGGCAUAAUUGUGAAUCAAAAAAAUUUAGAAAAGGGACAUACCCAGAUGGAAGUCGACAGCGUGCACAGUUUGAUAGAAAGGAAGCUUAAAAAUAAAGAUAUAAAUCUUCCAUCUGAUUACAUUGAAGUGUGCAAAAAAGCUCGAUUGAAGCAACCUUUUGAAGUAAAUUAUUUGGAUCAUACUUGGUUCCUGGAUUACUCAAAACUGGGAUAUUAUAGCAGUAUUAGACCUGGCCAAAAAAAGACUGAUUUACAUGUUAAUGAUAUAAGAUGCCUGAAAUAUGAAAAAAAUAAUGGAAUCUCGUUUAAGAGUAAUUUUUCUGACAAUUGGACUGUCUUACCUCAAAGACUGAAGAGUAUAAAUGCACAGAUUAGCCAAUUAUACAAAAGUCGUAUUAAAAUUAAAGAACAGAAGUAUCAACACCUACAAGCCCUCAAAAGUGUCUUACCCUUAGAUGUACACGAAUUUUAUGAUUCAUUACCUCAUUAA